AUGGGGGGGCGCAGAGGAGGAGCAGGAGGCGCCGGAAGUGGCGGCGGUGCGGGUGGGCCUGAGGGGUACUCUCGGCCCGCAGCCUCCACCCGCGCGGCGGCCCGAGCCCAGGCCCGCGGGGGUGGGCGUGGCGGUCGUCAGAACCCGGCUCCGUCUGUUCGCUGUCGGCGCGGGGCGGCGCCGCGUCGCUCGCCUUCACCAGCUGCCAUGAGCGAGCGCCUCCGCCCCAGGAAAAGGAGAAGAAAUGAUGAUGAUAACCAUCUCCCGCCCCAGACCAAAAGGAGCAGUAGGAACCCCAUCUUCCAGGACUCCUGGGACACAGAGUCUUCGAGCAGUGACAGUGGCGGCAGCAGCAGCAGCAUCAACAGCCCGGACAGGGCCAGUGGACCAGAGAGCAGCUUGAGCCAGAUCAUCCCCGGAUCCUGCCCCAGCACCCCCCAGCCGGUGCCCGAGCAGUCUGCACUAUGCCAAGGCCCUUACUUCCUUAUCAAUCAGACCCUGAAGGAGGCCCACUUUCACAGCCUACAGCACCGAGGCCAGCCUCUGACAUGAUGCUCUGGCCGUUUCUUGCCUUCCGUGAAGGGACAGCACUGUGCAGAUUGGAUAUUUCAACUUAAUGAUUUGUUUUUAAAAGUUGCACACAGAAAAAAAAAAUGCCUGUUGGCUCUCAGUCUAUAUUUGAGUAUUGGGUCAGCAGGCAGCUGUUUACCUGGGGUUUUGCUGCACUAUUGCAAUUUCAGAGGGGCAAUUUUUAUAGGAUCUUUUGAGACAGGGCAUCAAGUCUGUGUCAUGGCAGUGUCUGAGGAAGUCUCCUUUGAUUGAUUUCCACAUCUGUCAAUAAUUAGACUUGUACUGUAUGUAAGAGCCUCUUAAAAUGUCGGGUCUUCAAUUUUUUUAACUCAAUAAACUAGUAAAGAAUAUCUAGUUUCCAUGAAAAAACAAAAACAUAAGUUUUCUCCCCAAAUACAGGAAACUUGACUCAGUCUUGCACUGACGUUAAUUGCCAUACUACCUCUUAGUAUGUAGAUGUCCAUGGAAAGUGCCCCCUGGAAUGCAACAGUUGCCCACUCUGAGGACCAUGAGGCUAAGCACCUGCCCUAGUUGUGGUCUGUUACACAUUUGUAUUUCCAGGGAGGAUGUCACUUCCCAAUGUGUUUUCUUCUAGUCUGCACCUCAGAUGCUACAGAGAACACCUCAGUUCUCUAGUCAAGAAAUACCUAAUAACUGUCUUACAAACUUGUGUGUUAACAGCUUAACUGCUAAUCCUUGCAGUGCCCAUAACCAAGGCAGUGGUCAGUGCAGAUGAAGAACUAGCUGCCCCGUAGCUGAAGAGAAUGAGGACUUACCUCACACUUGACAACACCCCUGCCCUGCUAUGGGACCACAUCCCAUCUUCAGAACCAGAAAGGCUGGGGUGGUAUAGGAACACAGCAGAGGCGCCUCUAGUGAAAACGAUGCAGUAGUAUUUAAUUAGAGCCAGGGCAUUGUUUCCAUGCUACUUUGUCAUACUAGAGAGCCAGGCAAGCUUGAAUAAGGAAGGUGCAGGUGAGUCAUCCUCCUCGCCCGCAAGCUGUCUGAACAAGGAGCCAGGAUGCGUCGGGUCACCUACUCUGGAGAGUGCUGGGGAGCCAACCUGCCAUUAGAUGAAGAGGAAGUGCCUUAGCAUCGCCCUCAGCCUCCUGCCUGCUUCCUCUCCUCUGUACCCCACUCAGAGGCCGCACACACAGCAUGCAGCACUGAGGAGCAGGUGACUCUAGUAAGAAGGGUCAGAGGGACUUGCUGGACCAGCAGCAGGUUACACUCUGAUAUAGCUACAGUCUGAAGGAGGCCCAUGCCAGGAACAGAGAACAUUCGGGCCUUCUGUGGCCCGCUCCUCUGAGGCCACAGCAUGGAAAGGCCAACUGUGUGACAUGGGGACUAGUAUCAUGAAGCCCACAGUUCAGAAGGAAAGUUCUUUUAGGAACUUUCCAGAUUUUAAAAUCAGAUAUUUGCUGAACUCCGAUCUUACUGGAUUUGCUGGCAGGGAAUGUGGGAAAGGAUACUUUACUGGAAUUCUGUCUAACAGGCAAACAGUGCUAUAAGAGAAGCUGUCAAGCACACAUGUACACAACACAAUCCAGAAAUACCCAAGAGGGCUCCAGCAGGCCUAAUGGAUGCCGUCCUACCAAAAUAAAACAUGUAUUAAUAAAACAAUGCUCGAGGAAGCGCAGUUCUUCCUAUUCCCACCCAACUAACAGCACAGAUGGGGCCAUCCGCAAGACCAAGGGUCUUUUCCCCAUGCUGACUGACCACAGUGCUGGAGUGCCAGCCAACAGUCACUCUUUUAACCCUACAAAAUGCAAGAAAACAUCUCUAUUCUGUGCUCUGUGUUCUGAACGUGCUGGGUCUGGGUCCCUUUCUGCUUUAAGGCUAUUUGCUCGAGCCGAUGAGAAUCUUUCUGUGAGCUCAAGCUAGUGAAACCUUGUACUCUGUUGCGCCGCCAUUAAAAGCAGCCUUACUGCA